AGUGUGACAAUACCUUUCAUAGCAAACACAGACGUUGUUGUUUAAAAAAGUGCCAGAAAUGAGCUAGUGACUGUUUUCGAGUGGUACUUCUUAGUGUCAGAGUGUUCUAGUGUAUAUUGCCAGUGUUUAUUUUAGGUAAUUAUUGUUUUGUAAGCGCGAAUUAAACGUGAGUCCAAAUGUGGGGCAGGUGUACAUGACCAAUGGCUGAGAGGAAGUGGCGGCACCUCGUGAAGAUCGCGACCAGGAGGCGCAGGUUUGAGCCUGAACGAGUGGCCAGUGAUACUAGUCUUAGAAGAUGUCUGAACUGUUGGGACCUGACAUCGCUGGGAGUGGGCAGUACGUUAGGUAUCGGCGUGUACGUGCUAGUGGGAGCAGUAGCUUUGAAGACAGCUGGACCUUCGAUCCUACUGUCAUUCCUCAUCGCUGCAGUCACCUCGUUGUUCGCAGCACUAUGUUAUGCGGAGUUAGGAGCUCGGGUGCCACUGGCAGGGUCGGCGUUCAUCUACACAUACGUAACCGUAGGAGAGAUGGUCGCCUUCAUGGUCGGCUGGAACAAUAUUCUUGAGUUCAUUUUCGGGUCUGCGAGCGUGGCCCGAGGUCUCAGUGCCUACAUAGACGCAGUGUGUAACCACGCCAUGUCAGAUUGGCUGACGUCCGUCAUGCCCAUCUCCGAGUCUUACGCUAUCUCCUCCUACUUCGACCUCUUCUCCUUCCUCUUUGUUUUGGCAAUGGGAGUUGUGAUGUCGUUCGGAGUGCGCGAGUCUUCCACAGUCAACAACGUGUUCUCCGCCAUCAACAUCCUCGUCAUAAUCUUUAUAGUCAUCGCUGGAUCGUUCAAAGCAAACUCUGCGAACUGGAAUAUUCCUCCGGAGCAAGUGCCAGACGGUUUUGGUUCUGGAGGGUUCUUCCCGUACGGUGUAUGGGGAACUCUCAAAGGUGCUGCCAUUUGCUUUUAUGGAUUCGUCGGCUUUGAUGUCGUCAACUCUUCGGGAGAAGAAGUGAAAGAGCCGAGUAAAACUAUACCAAUAGCGAUCCUGUCGAUCCUGUUUAUAGUGUUCGCGGCUUACGCUGGUGUGAGCAUCAUUGUCACCAUGAUGGUCCCGUAUUAUGAGAUGGUAGCUGUGGCCUCAGUGUCGACGGCUUUCAGGCAUGUGGGGUGGGAGUGGGCGCGAUGGAUAGUGACUGUUGGGGCUGUUUUCGGUAUUUCCACCAGUUUGUUCGGCGCGUUAUUCCCCCUGCCUCGGCUGCUGUACUCGAUGGCUAACGAUGGUCUCUUCAUCCACUGGUUCGGCAAAGUCUCCAGAAGGAAGUCACCUAUCAUCGCCACUAUUGUACCCACUGCUAUUAUUUCAAUCCUGGCAGCUUUCUUGGAGUUGGAGCAGCUAGUGCUGAUGAUGUGUAUUGGGACCCUGUGCUCCUAUACGAUCGUCGCCACCUGUGUUAUAUUACUCAGGCAUCGCUCAGACUACGUCCCGGAGGUAUCAGCUCCUCUGAUGAAGCAGAUCAUCGGUCUCGGAGGCAGGACAGCUACGAAGACCACCAGUAGGGUCAUCAAUGUGGCCAUGGUUGUAUACCUUUGUAUAUGCCUAACGAUAGCUCUGGUGGUAGUGAACGCAGCGGAGCCUUUGAUUCCAGCCAUCAUUCUGCAUGUUUUCAUGUUACUUAUCGUCCUUAUUAUGGCUGUGCAGCCAUCUAGCAAUGAGAAACUGGCAUUCAAGACUCCACUCGUGCCAUUCAUACCCUGCCUCAGCAUAUACACGAACGUACAUUUAAUGGUCAUCAUCAACAUUCAUACAUGGAUCAGAGUUAUUAUAUGGAUUUUAUUAGGUAUACCAAUUUACUUUAUAUGUAUAAACUGCUAUAAGCAAAACGCAGGCAAAACGGUACAAGAGGAUACAAACAAUAAACCACAUGUAAAUAAAAAUGGAAAAUCACCUACUGUACAAAUUGUAGUGGAAUCACCUACACCUCCUCGUACGAUGGCACGACCAGAUGAACAAAUGGAGGAGUAUGAUGAAGAAAGAGAAAUUCAUAGAGAAUUGAAAGAUAAAGUCAUAGGAGCAAAGAAAAUCGAUGAAAUUAUUGUACAACAGGUUCAAGUAGAAAACAAUGAGGAAAAAGAGGCUAAAAUAAUCGAUUUAUUAGAUCAAGUCCUACAAGCCGAGGAAGAUACUUACAGUGAAGUUAUAAGCUUAAAAGAAACCAAAGAUGAUGAUUCUACUUCAGGCGGAGUUGCCAUAAUACCUCACAGGAAAUCUUUAAGUGAACUGUCCGAUGCAGAAUCCGACGCGUCGUUAGGUAAUCAAGUGUUAUCUAAAUAUGACGUGAUUGCUCAAGUCCACAGAGAAGAUUUGCCAAAAGUAAGCGAGGAAGAAGAAAGGAUAGAUAACAAUGAGGACAAUAUUCCUUUCGAAGAUGAAGAAAUAACAGCAUUUAAUGAUAGUGACACUAAUUCCCGUACAGAUGAAUCAGGAUAUUCUGAUACAAUUGAUAGACAAGCAAGUGAAUCGUUGGAUGAACCUGCGCCUAAUAUACCACCUCCACCGCCUUUUGAUGAAAACUUUUUUAAGAGUAAUUACACUAACUAUAACAAGUUUUAUACAGUAAAUGCUAUGCAUCCUAAAAAAGAACCACCACCACCACCAGAGGAAGAUGAUGAAGAUGUAACUGAACCUAGAGUAAGCAUACAGUCAAAUAAUUCACAAAGUGAUGGUAAUAUGAGAUUUGGUAGUGAUAGACAAAUCAAAUUCAUGUCAAAAUUGAAUAACAUUUUCCAAAAAAACAUCCCUAAUGAUGAUGAGGUAGAAAAUGAACCAAGAAGAAGAUCACAUUCAACAGGAAAUGCACCUGAUAUAGAACAAGCAGUGAAUCGUGAUCGACCGUCAUUAUUUUUGGAUUUAAAGAAAGAGUUGUUGUCUAGGGAUGCAGCACAAAAUCUGCGUCCUGUCAACGCAGAAGUUAAACCGCCAGAUGAAAAGGCGUCGCAAAAGGAGUCCGAAUCAUCGGAACCUGAACCAGAAGAAGAUCAAUCAUUAAGUAGAGCAGAUUUAAAGAAUAAGUUAGAAAAUAUAUUUGCGGUGGGAGGUCCACAGCUCAUUAAACCGAGGUUGAUGAAGUCUAACCCACCAACACCAGACGAUUCUAAUGCAACAGAUCACUCUAGUACAGAGAGUAUAGCAAAGUUACCGAAAAUGGACAAAAAUGAUACAUUAAAGAGACAAAGAGCAAAGUUCAGUGAAGUUUUGAAUUCAUUCCGGUUUAGUAUGAAUGCUGAUGACCAAGUGUAACUUGUUUAGAAAGUGAUAUUAAGGGAAGCAGUACAAGUUUAUGAACUUAUUGAAGAACAGUGUGGCUUGUUACGUAUUGUUGUUUGUUCCCAACUCACAGAAGUAACCAAGGUUUUUGAUUGGCUUCUGUUUAUUGUAAAUCAACUAACUUUCCUAAUAUUUUGAUACCCAUGCUAGUACCUAGUCGUACGAUAAGUGCCUUAUUUUGUAAUAGAUAUUUAUGUAUGAUCGGAUUCAUGAUUUUCAUCUUUAUCGACGUUAAAUGCCAUUUCAUGUUCGAACCAUUUCAUAUGGUGUGCUUAGUGUUAUGUAAAGGCUAUAAUCGCAUAUCAUAAAUCUAGGGAAACUGUGUUUGGAAUGUAAUAUCGUGCAGUGAAUAUCUUGUAGAUACGGAUACGAAUUUUAGUUUGUAAGUAGUGUGUUUUCGAAAUAUAGAUAAUCAAGAUCAGUAAGACUGACGGGACCAUUGUAGAUGACUUGUCGAUAAAUCCAACAGUGAUCCAAGAGUGUAUGUAGUCACAAAUUGUAAUAAAAUACUAAUUUAAGUUUUAA